UCCUCCUGCCGCUGGGUGACACGAAUCGCCUCUCAUACACGCGCGCACGUCGCUGCUGAUGUGGAAUUUCCCCUCUCUGCCGUUUAAGAAGCUGCGCUCUGCGGGCGACGCGAGCGCAACCACACGACUCCAUGGACCGAACCUCGUAGUGUUCCGCCGUAGCUUUUCAAGUGCAAAGACGAGGACACCCGCGGGCGAGCGUGGCCGCCUGCGCGCUCGCUUAGAUGGGAAAUCUGUUGGGCAGCUGGCGCGUGAAGGAGCCGAGCACCGUGGAGGAAUGCGACUCGACGUGGGGGUCGGACUCCGAGAGCGACGAGCCGGCGGCUGCGGACGACGGCGGCAUCUCCGACGCCGCCAGCCCGGCGGCGGAGGGCGACCGGGCCGCCGGGGACCCCGAGGACGCGUCUCCGCAGCUGACAGAAUCUCCAGACUCUGUUCCAAAGAUGAAGAGGAGCUUCUACGCUGCCAGGGACCUGUACAAAUACCGUCAUAGCUACCCGAACUACAGAAAGUCCCGACAACCCAACGAGUAUCGCAACCUGCGCUUCUACCUGAACAAGAUCCCUCUGGUACCCGAUGGCAUCUACGUAGAGGAGAUUCUGACAAAGUGGAGAGGCGACUAUGACAAACUGGAGCACAAUCACACCUACAUUCAGUGGUUGUUCCCAUUAAGAGAACAAGGGCUCAACUUCUACGCACAUGAACUGACGCAGGAAGAGAUCAAAGAAUUCCAAAGCACUCGGGAAGCCAAGCGCCGAUUCCUGGCAGCCUACUCCCUCAUGUUGGACUUCUACGGCAUCAAACUGCUGGAUAAGAGUGGGAACGUUGCUCGGGCUCCCAACUGGCACCAGCGCUUCCAGCACCUUAAUGAGUCGCAGCACAACUACCUGCGGAUCACUCGCAUCCUCAAGUCUCUGGGCGAGCUGGGCUACGAGGCCUUCAAGGCCCCGCUGGUCCGUCUGUUCCUGGAGGAGUCGCUGUGCCACAACACGCUUCCCAACAUGCUGCACAGCGCCCUGGAGUACUUUGUCUACACCAUCCGCCUGCCGGCCACCCGCCGGCGCCUGCUCCGCUACGCCCGCCAGCACUACAGACCCGCCCACGCCUUCCUCUGGGGGCCGCCACCCAAAAGGCGAGGCGGUGUUGGUGCCGGUGGUGGCGGCGGCGGCGCAGGUCCUGGGAGCAGCGGGAUCAGAGCGCCCGCUCCGACACCAGAGCAGCAGCGCAGGGGGGAGGAAGGCACCGGCAGCAUCGGGAUUACGAUGUCCUCCUACGACGCCGGGACUUCCCUGGACCUGGCCACGGGACUCGGUUCUAGCACGGCGGGAGUGGCGGCAGCUGACCUGUCGUACAAAUAACAGUCGUUUCUGGGAAAACUUGGCUCCUCCCACCCAGCGUGCCGCUGUGACGCCGGCCGCGGACUUGCGACUGAUUUACUGGCGAUUGCCGCUGCCUGCCACAGAGUUGCCGCUCACUUGCCACUGCCACAAGGAGGAUCUCGGCCCUACUGGCCUCAUUGCUGGAGCUCCACUGCAAGAAGCCGGUCCGAGAGCGAUGCGUAGUUUCAACACGUGUCGUAAAGUGAGGAUUAUAUUGAGAAGGGAAAGACUGGGGAGAUUUGUUUUCCACCCUCUCCCCAAAUCUUAAGACAAAGGGUCUUAAGAAAUACAUAUUGUCUGUGCAAUUUUACCAUCUAGAAGUUGAAGGUAAACGACCCCCCCGGAACACACACACGCACCUUUGAAAAUCGUACAAAUCUAUAGAUGAAAGAACAAGGCUUGACUAAAUGUAAAGGUGAAGCAUUUAUAGUAGAGAGGCUUUUAGUGGCCACGGAGGUCCGCUGGCAGAGUGCUUGUGUGCAAACAAAGAGUCAACAUCGUAUCUAUCUAGAAGGCAAAAUGCCUGCUGUGCCAUAAUUUAAACAUUCAGAAACAGAUCUGCACUCAUUAUGCAUUACGGAUUUGUUUUGCCUCUUUAGGUUUUCCAUACAAAAAAAUAUAAACAAAAAUCCUCCACUCGAGCUGUAAACCAUUAAGGGGGCAGGAGUCACUAAAUGAACACAUGAAGCACUACAGCAACCCUCCCCCCUUUUAGGGUUAGCAGAUGUUCAAGGAAGUGACGCAGAUGUUUUUCUCACCUUUUAGAAGUUGUUAAAAAAAACACAUCAGCACCGUCAUCGUAUCAGAGAUUGUGUGUCAGUUUUUAAUAAAAGUGUGUGUUGCUGUCCAGGUCUGUCGAUAGAGACAGAAGCCUCAAGGGUCAAGGCUUGGAACACAGUUUGAGUUCCUGGUUGCAAUAGAUAGAUUCAGUUAAAUGAAGAAGCCACGCGAGGAGCGCAGCCGCAGUGAUGCAAGUGAUGGGGAUUCAAACACUUCUUCCUGAUUUCCUGUCAGCAGUUCUUCCUGUUUAUUGAGAGCCAAUAAGGUCUCAACAUGGCUCCCCAGCCAGGUUUAUCUGAUAUAAUUGUAAAGAUAACGUUUCAGGUGAUUACAUGGGCUCACGCAUUUGAAAUUAUAAUGUGUGUGUGUGUGUGUGUACAUAUACAUGUACAAUCGUGUGUGUGUGUGUGUAUCUGAUAUUCUUAAGUGCCUUUUUUGUAUUCUUUAUGUUGAUCUGUAUGAACUGUCCCAACUGAUUUCCUGUGCAUCCUGUUCUUUUUGUACAGCUUUUUGAUAUUACAUUGAUGUUUGCGUUAUAGGUAUUUACAAUAUAAGUAUGAUUAAUGUACAGUGACAAUAGGAAUAAAUUCCAUAAUAAUAGUAGAGAAGAAUAAUAAUAACAUAUGAUACUUGAAACUGUUUGUAUCCGCAUAUUGAUGAACAUUCAUAGAUGAAUAUUGCUGGACAUAGACCGGCCACAAUAACUGGACAAAUGCCCUAAAAUGUGAAAUUUGGCACACUUAAAUAAAAAAUGUGAAUUAAGA